GAAGAGAGAGAGAGAUAUUGGAUUGCAUCCUAACUUUUCCACAUGAUGAAAGUCAAAAGCGGUAGACUCAGUAGCAUGCACGAUAUAGCCAACUAGAACCUUUAAACACAAGGAAAUAUUGUGCACUUUAUGAUAACAAAUUAAUUUCCCAUCGAAAUGUAUCCACUUAAUCUCCGUACUCAUUCUCCCAAACCUUCGCUAUUUAACUUGUUUUCUUAUUCAUGAAUCGUUGCUUUACAUGUUACGAUGAAAAAAUACAGUGCAAAUGGCAGACGUUUCAUCAUUUCCUCAUUUUUCUUCAUUAUUUUCCUUUGCGUUCUAGCUUCAAUAAAUGAAAUCCGAUUUGAUAGCUUUUUAAAGUUUGGUAGAUGUGCUUUUUCUCAAACAACAACUACUAAUUCUUCUGCCACAUUCUUUCUUCGUGUGAAUUCCUCCUCCUUGUUCCCCAACUACGAAAUCCGAAUUCUUAUAGGAAUUUUGACACUUCCCGAUCAAUACCAGAAGAGACACUUCCUGCGGCUAAUCUAUGGCACACAAUCUCCAGUAAUGGGUGCAAAAGUUGACGUCAAGUUUGUAUUCUGCAACCUAACAAAAGAAGAUCAAAAGAUAUUGGUAGCACUUGAAAUAAUGCGUUAUGACGAUAUCAUCAUCCUUAACUGUCAAGAAAAUAUGAACAAAGGUAAGACAUAUACCUAUUUUUCGAGCUUGCCAGAAAUUUUUUCAGUUUCUAAUAUCCAGCCAUAUUAUCCACCCUAUCAUUACGUGAUGAAAGCCGAUGACGACACAUACAUACGGCUUGAGAAUUUUGUAGAAUCCUUAAGGCCAUUGCCUAGGGAAGAUUUGUACUACGGUUAUGUUAUUCCAUGUCCUAGCAUGGACCCUUUCGUGGACUACAUGUCAGGCAUGGGUUAUUUAGUGAGUUGGGAUGUAGUAGAAUGGAUAAAAGAUUCUGAUAUUCCAAAAAAACAUUUGGAAGGGCCAGAAGAUAAGGUAUUUGGAGAGUGGCUCCGAGAUGGUCAUCGAGCACGACAUAGAUACAAUGCCAAGUGGUCAAUGUACAAUUUCCCCGACCCACCCACGAGAUGCACACAUGAGCUGUGGCCGGACACCAUUGCAGUUCAUCUUCUCAAGAACCAACAAAAGUGGAUUCAGACACUCAAUUAUUUCAAUGUCACUAGGGAUCUUAAACCAUCUAAGUUGUAUAAUAUACCUUAGGCAAACACAUCAUUUCCUCUCCUUUUCCUAGUUCAAUAUAAUAUUUCUUUUCUUUUAUGCGGGCUAUAUAUAGAGAUUUAAACUAACAACAGUAAUUAAACUAACACCUAUAAACAUAUUGAAAAAAUAUGAAAUGACUAUAAGAGAUGAAUUUAGCAGUAUGACAACAGAAGAAGAACAAAACAAA